AAAUGUUAACAACCAAAAUUAAUUUUGUUGAAUAAACUAUAAGCUAGUAAAACUAAACACUUAAAAAAAAAAAAAAAUUAAAAACAAAUCACACCACCUUAUCUCCCCCGAAAAAAAAAGAAGACAAAUUAGAGUGCAUUACAACGAAAUCGCAAUUCACAAUUUCAAAUUUUCAAUAAUACAUCUUACUUUAUUAAGAAGAUGAUUAAUCGUGUCAUAUUUCAUGUAAAGACUACUACACAUAUAAAACCAAAGUCUAAGCUCAUUUCGCAGAAACCGCGCACUUUUGGCAGAUCGCACCCAUCAUUCACUUUUAGGCGGGAGCUAUUUUCACAAUUUGCCACUUCACACUUUCACUUUCGCGCCUUACUUUCAUUUCCCUAACUCAAAUUUUCGCCAUUUCUCCAAAUUUCUCCUUUUACCCACUAAAUUAUUUCUAAAAAAUUAUUCACUACUUUCUCUGUCUUCCAAUUACUAUACUUCACAAUUUAAGAUCUCAUUUUCAGCCUUUUCUCUCUCUCCUCCAUUUUCAUGGAUUCCGAAAGAGAUUUAGAUCAAUUGCUACUUCUGCAGUCUGAAGCUCCUACCCCAACGGAUCAGAACCCGAAGAUGAAGCGGUUAAAGAAGAACGAUUCGACUGCAAAUGAUGUCACUACCAGUUCCGCCCCGAGUAAUGAGAUUGAUGGGUUGGAUACAGGGAAUGAUGAGUUUGAUGGGUUUGAUCCUUUAUUUGGGGAUUCCAGUCAGUUUUCUGCGAAGCGGGUUUUGGAUUUUGAUGACAGUUUUGAUGGGUUCGGGUCUGAGGAUGAGAAUGACGAUCCUGAUUUUGAUAAGAAUAAGAACAAACAGGAGAAGAAGAAAAGGGAAAGUUCGAUUGAGUUUCUUGAUAAUAAGGAGAAGAAGAAAAGGAAAAGUUCGAUUGAGUUUCGUGAUAAUAAGGAGAAGAAGAAAAGAGAAGGUUCGGUUGAGUUUCGUGAUAAUAAAGAGAAGAAGAGAAGAGUGAGGAGUGAUUUAGAGAAGAAUAAAUCGAUUGUUUCGAGUCGAAAGGAGAAGAAAGAGAGGAAAGCGCGUUCAAAUCAGCAAGCAGAUUUUCAAAGGGUGAUGAGAGAUAUGAAAGGUGUGGGAUUUAAGCCUAUUCCUAUGGUUGAGAAAUCGAUUUCUUCGGUGUUGGAAAAGAUCAGGAAAAGGAAGAUGGAGGUAUCGAAAAAGUGGGCUUCCUACACCGAAGAGGAUGAGGAGGUAGAUGGAGGUGCUGAUAAAGACGAGGCGAAGGAAGUUGGAGGUACUAAAAACGAUCUAGCUAAGGAAGAUGGAGGUGUCGAAAAAGAUCAGGUUAAGGAUGAUGGAGUUGCUGAAAAGGACAAGGAAAACAUGGUUUCCUUGACACCAACAAGUGAAGAAAAACCCGAAUCAAGUGAUGAGCAAACUACUUGUGGCAAUUUGAUUCAAAUACCUUCUAAGGAUGCAAUCACACAGUCGUUUCGUGCUCCGAUCAAUGAUACACAGGACUUGUUAAUGGAUUCUGAAAGGAAUAAUUCACAAGACGAUGAGUUACCUAGCUGCCCUGAUGAAGAUAUAACUCCAUCAGCACCAUCAAUGAACUUAAGAUGGGAUUCUGGCCAUUCUGCAGCUGUUGAUGAUGACCUCUCUUCUAGUGAUGAAGAAAGUGACAAGGAAAAUACUGAUCCCCACCCAAAACACCUGCAAAGAAGUUCCACUGCAACUGGCGAUCCAGUCAAAGACUUUGUGGAUGAAGAAGCAUUGGAAGAUGAUAGUGAUGAUGAUUUUUUGCGCUCUCAAGAGCAAGACGAUGAGGAUAAUUCUGACAUGGAAGAAAAUUGUGAUUAUAUUGCUACUGAUGUUAAAGAAAAGCCAAUUGAUGGUGAAAUGCGCAACCAAUUGCACCAGCAAUGGGAUCAGCAACACGACGAAGCUGUGACAGAAAAGCUCUUGCAGAAGCUAAAGUAUGGUACAAAGAAGAGGGAGCCAUCCAUUUCUGAUAACGAGGAUGCUGACAGAACAGAUGCUGAUGAAGAAGAAGAGGAAGAUGAUGAUGAAGAAGAUAAGAAUGUACCUCACAUGUCCAGUUGUCGUGCAACUACAAAAAGGCUAAAGCAAAUGAUUCCCCUCAUGUUUACUGAUAAAGAUGAUGGUUUCGUGUCUUCUGAUGACGAAGAAACAGAAAGAAUGUUGUCUAAGCAGUGCUUGCUUCAAAAAGUGGAAAUGGAAAAGCAGCCCAAAGUUCUGCCACCAGUAGCGGAUGAGACAUCAAAAGAAGUUCUAGAUCGUAUAAAGAAGGUUAAUGUUCCUCUUGAAACCAAGAAGAAAUCAAAAACACCAUCAAUUUUUGAAGCUCUACUCAAAAAAGGUAGCAGCAGUGACUCUUCAAAGUCUUCCUUUUUGCGACGAGCAUCCAGCCAUCACGGGCCUUCAAGUCAUAGGCAUGGACCAAAAACUGGAAAAUCAUUUAUUUUUGGACGAGAUGAUAGCAAUAACCGGAGCUCAAUGACUUCGCUGGAAGACUCACUCAAUAUGGGCCAAAAAGAAAAUCAGCCGAAGAAGAAUAGCUCAGCUAAAUUUACUGGCUCUCAGGCCAAAUUGAGUACCCAACACACAGAGAUCAGAAGUGAAACAGCUAAUGGCAGCUCAUUAUAUGACAUACUCAGAAGCUCUUCUGCGGAAACAAGCUAUGAUACUCGUGAUAACGCAGUUGGUCAAGAAGCUGUAUUUGCUGCAUUUAAAUCAGUGAAGAAACAAGUAAAGAUUGAACAAAGAACAUAUCAAGGACCUUAAAAAUGCGUCUUAGGUCUAGUUUUUGUAGGUCUUUCAUAUUGUAGUAUUUACUGUUAGUUUGGUAAAUUAUGUGCAUUAUUAUAUGUCAAGAUAUUCAGCAUUUUCAACACCGGCCUUCUAAUUCCAACAAAUCAAGAGUUAUGCCUCUGGCAUUAUAGCUGCAGAUGUUCUCCUGACAAAGUUAACUUACAAUGCUAGCACCAUAUGCAAUAGGCUAAAAAUAGAUCAUGGGUCGAGUUUCAAUGACCACCAAUUAUGAAAAUAGAUUAAAACUAACAAGCUAAGGAUUCAACGAAAUGAGCAAGGAUCCAAUGCAUUACACAGAUGUAAGAUAAUCUUGCCGAGCUUGGAACAUUUUUUUCUAAGCCCCAUAGUAAACUGAUGGAAACAUUAGAAAUUGUGCUUGUAACAUAAUGCUAGACUCGCUGGUCGCUGGAUAGCCAGGAUAGGUUAUUAUAGGGCUAUCAAGCCAUACAUAUUUCAUAGGCUAGUCCAAAGAUUUUCAACAUUGUGAGUUUGGUUUUGACUCUUGAAACAUUUUAAGCUAUUUGAUGGUCAGAGCCAUGAUUUGUUUUAAGAAUUUUAGAAUUGACUUGAACUUGUGAAGCUUCAAAUUAAUCCUUUAGGAAACAAG